AUGUCCACCGAUAAAUCCAAGCCCUAUAUCCCCCUAGCCGGCAGCGCAAAUGACGGUUGGUCUGCAGACCAGCAGGCGACAGCUACAUGCUACUGUGGCGCCAUACAACUUGCUUUCCCAACCGAAGGUCCUGGCCUGAUUGACACAUUCCUCUGCCACUGUACAGACUGUCGCAAAAUCACCGCCUCUAUGUUCGCCUCCAAUUUCAUAAUUGCAGACUCCCAUCUGAGACAUAUACGCGGCCGCAAGAAUCUCACGUCCUACAGCCAGUCUGGGACAAUCGGUUCCGGCAAGAAAAUGACCAACUUCUUCUGCACAACGUGUGGUUCGCUUAUGUAUCGCGUCGGCGAGGCAUUCCCAGGACAUACAUAG